GGUUUCCAAUUUCAACGAGCCAAAACAGACGGAGAGAAAAAAAAAUAUAUGGAGGAAUAAAAAGGGAAAGAAAUAAAGUGAGAGGAGAAUCCCAAUUCCCCAAGUACACGAGAGAGAGAAGGGAGGAGAGCAGAGCAGCACACUACUACUCCUACAAGAGAGUGAGGGGGAGGGGCAGCAGCAGAGGCUGCGGGGGCAGAGCUGCAGAAGCAUUAGAAGCGGCAGCUGCAACCAAGUGGCAGCAGUGGAUAGAGCCAUCUAUCUGUACAGAUCACGGCAAGGAGAUUAGAAAGAAAGACUUUCCCAUUUGGGCGUAACAUGAUGCUGGAAGGCAAGUCCUGCCUCGUCUCGCGCUCCCUGCCGAGCUCCUGCGAGCUGGAGUCCGAGUGGGCGUACCUCACCCACGAGGUGCUCAACGGCAAGCGACCGACGCCGGAAGAUGCGGAAGUCGAGGACAUGGAUGGGGUUGACUGCGGUGGCGGGAAGCGCAGCAAGCCGCCGUCGCCGCAGCCGCACAUCUCUGAGGGCCACGGCGGCUCCAGUCGCCGUGCUUCCUCUGGCGGCGGGGAGGGCCAUGGCAACGGGAGCAGCCUCAUUGGUGCGAUUGGCCGUGACCUGACCAUCAAUUGCCUCCUCCGGCUGUCCCGCUCGGACUAUGGCUCGGUGGCCUCCCUGAACAAGGACUUCCGGGCGCUGGUGCACAGCGGAGAGAUCUACCGCCUGCGGCGCCAAAAUGGGGUGGCAGAACAUUGGGUCUAUUUCUCCUGCAACGUCCUAGAGUGGGAUGCGUAUGACCCAUACCGUGGGCGCUGGAUCCGAGUGCCCAAGAUGCCACCGGAUGAAUGCUUCAUGUGUUCUGACAAGGAGUCACUCGCUGUGGGCACUGAGCUCCUUGUGUUUGCAAUGACACACAUUGUGUUCAGGUAUAGCAUCCUAACCAAUUCAUGGACACGGGCUGAUCCGAUGAUCUCGCCACGGUGCUUGUUUGGUUCAACAAGCGUUGGGGCAAAGGCGUAUGUUGCUGGGGGCACUGAUUCCUCUGGCAGGAUAUUGAGCUCUGCAGAGAUGUAUGACUCGGAGACACAUUCUUGGACACUCCUUCCCAGCAUGAAUAGGGCACGGAAGAUGUGCUCUGGGGUGUUCAUGGAUGGCAAGUUCUAUGUGAUUGGUGGUGUGGCCAGCAACAACAAGGUGUUAACAUGUGGGGAGGAAUAUGACCUGAAGAGAGGAUCUUGGAGGGUGAUUGAAAACAUGUCUGAGGAUCUCAAUGGAGUAACUGGUGCUCCUCCACUUAUUGCUGUUGUUAACAAUGAGCUUUACGCUGCUGAUUAUAGUGAGAAGGACGUGAAGAAGUAUGACAAGCAGAACAAUAAGUGGAUUACUCUUGGUAAGUUACCUGAACGGUUUGUGUCAAUGAAUGGGUGGGGCCUUGCUUUCCGAGCAUGUGGUGAUCGGCUGAUUGUUAUCGGUGGCCCAAGGACUUCUAUUGGCGGUACAAUUGAGCUUAAUUCAUGGACCCCCGAUGAGCGACCACCUGUUUGGAAUUUGGUUGCCAGAAGGCCAUCUGGGAACUUUGUGUAUAAUUGUGCUGUGAUGGGCUGUUGAAUCCACUGAUCAAAGAUUCAAUACGGUGGAUAUUUAUAAAGGAUGGUAUGCCCAAAGGAAGCAUAUUCAAUUGCUUCAGUCCUGAUGCUUCGUAGCGAUUUCUGCCUUCUGUCUGGUUUCAGAUUCAACUGGACAUCUGUUCAGUGGCAGCAGUCAUGUAACAACCUGAGUUCUUGUAAUACUUCAGUUUUCGUCGCUAAUCAAUUUCAACAUUUGCAUUUGGAUCAACUGCUUGUGAUUUGAAAGAUACGAGACUAUGCAAAAUAGUCUUAUAUUAAUAAUCUAGGAACAGCUUUCAGAAGGCUUUUCACUAUUGAUGAACUUGUUAGGCAAUACUUGAUUCAUAUGGAGUAUGUGUCUGCAACAAAGAUAUUCAUCAAUUAUGAACACCAUGCCUUAUGUUUGCUGGUAUAAUUU